AUGGCAGCACAAGAAUACUACAACACGCCACCACAAAACGCGCCUCAGCAACCACCACGACCACAACACAACUCAGCAAACUACAAGCCAGCAUCCUACACAUAUCCCCAACAAUACAACCAGCGUCCUGUCUCACAACCUCCCGCUCAAUACUACCCCCCACAGCAACAGCAGCAGACAAUGGCUUACCAACAAGCGCCCUCCUCUCAAGUCCAAGACUGCCACGCCCAACCACCACAUCCCGAGCCUCUCCACACAGUCCGAUCAUACUCGGAGCCUCCGCGAAGUCAACACCACAGUCAUAACCACCAUGACCACCACCAUCAUCGUCACCACAACCACUCGAGAUCACCAUCGCCGCGUCGCAGGCCGAGGGAUCACUCCAGCCGGAAUACUUUCCUGGGCGCUUUUGGCGGCGGUGCCAUUGGCGAUGCUAUAUUUCCCGGCUUGGGGACGCUGGGUGGUGCGUUGCUGGGCGGGUAUGGCGGACAUGAGGUCAAUAAGGGGAGUGGGAAUCGCAGUCGGAGUGGGAGGCCGCGGAGUGCGAGGAAGAGGGAUACGUAUGAUGAGGAGUAUGAGGAGGGGCGGAGGCGGAGGGGGGAGAUUUAG